UCUUGAGCUGGAUGACAGCGCUGGUUUCACCCACCAUCCCCCGGGUUAGAGCUGCUGGUUUCUUCGGAUGCCAGCUGGGUCCUCGGACUGGGGACAAGGGUGACGGCUGCAGCACUGGUGUCCCCAUGUCCCAGGCUGUGCCACAGCUCGGCUGCCAAAGGCUGCCAACGCCAGGACUGACAUCCGUGACUGCUCCACGGACCCUCCGUACCUGCCCCCGACGGCCACUGACACCACGGCGAGGGUGGCGGCUCUGCGGGAUGCCAUGCGGGCGCUCGGCGUGCAGGCCUACGUGGUGCCCGCCACAGAUGCACACAUGAGCGAGUACAUCUCUUCGCGGGACGCCCGGCUGGGCUGGCUGACCGGCUUCACUGGCUCCGCAGGCACUGGCGUGGUGACACAGGACAAGGCUGCGCUGUGGACUGACAGCCGGUACUGGACGCAGGCAGAGCGGCAGCUGGACUGCAACUGGGAGCUGCAGAGGACAACCUCGAUUGAGUCCAUCAGGAUGUGGAUCCUGGAAGUGGUUCCUGUUGGGGGGAACAUCAGCCUGGACCCCUUCCUCUUCUCCAUCGACACCUGGAACAGCUACAGACAAGCCCUGCAAGGCUCCGGCAGGAUCCUGUUCCCCAUCGAGACCAACCUGGUGGACCAAGUGUGGGGUGACCAGAGACCCGCAGCAGCCUCCAGCGAGAUCUACAGCCUCCCGGAGGAGUUCACCGGGAGCAGCUGGCAGGAGAAGGUGACCCGGAUCCGGCAGGAGAUGGAGCAGCACGUCCGGCACCCCACAGCCGUGCUGCUGUCGGGGCUGGAGGAAACGGCCUGGCUCUUCAACCUCCGUGGCAAUGACAUCCCCUACAACCCUGUCUUCUACUCUUACACCCUGCUGACCAACACGAGCAUAAGCCUGUUCGUGGGGGAGCGGCGGCUGGCGGCGGCUGCGCGGAGCUCCCUGCGGGCCGGCUGCCCGGGGCCGCUCUGCGUGGAGCUGCAGGAGUACGAGCAGGCACCGGAUCACCUCCGCCAGUACGUGCAGGGCAACGUCACCGUGUGGCUGGGCACCGAGUACACCACGUACGGCCUCUACAGCCUCAUCCCUCAGGAGAAGCUGCUGGCGGACAGAUACUCCCCCGUUAUGCUGGCCAAGGCUGUGAAAAACACCAGGGAGCAGGACCUGCUGCGAGCCGCUCAUGUAAGGGCUGUCCCCGUCCCUGCAGCCCCGAGGAGAGGUGGGGGCAGCGGAUGCCAAUGUCCCCUCACUGAUGACCAGGUCCGGGACGCAGUGGCUGUGAUCCAGUACCUGCUGUGGCUGGAGAAAACGGUCCCACGGGGGGAAGUGAACGAGUUCUCUGGGGCUCAGCGCAUGGACGCGCUCCGCCAAGCGCAGGAGCACAGCUGUGGACCCAGCUUCCAGUCCAUCUCCGCCAGCGGGCUCAACGCCGCCCUGGCACACUACAGCCCCUCCAACGGGAGCAGCCGGCAGCUCUCUGUGGAUGAGAUGUACCUCGCGGACACAGGAGGGCAAUACCUGGACGGGACAACAGACAUCACACGGACGGUGCACUGGGGGAUGCCAACACCACUCCAGAAGGAAGCCUACACCCGGGUGCUGAUGGGCAACAUCGACCUGUCCCGCCUUGUCUUCCCACCCAACACGGCCGGGAGAGUCAUAGAGUCCUUUGCCCGACGGCCACUCUGGGAAGUGGGGCUCAACUAUGGCCAUGGGACUGGUCAUGGCAUUGGCAACUUCCUCUCAGUCCACGAAUGGCCUGUGGGCUUCCAGUCCAACAACGUGCCUCUGACGGCUGGGAUGUUCACCUCAAUCGAGCCUGGGUACUACCAGGACGGCGAGUUCGGAAUCCGCAUUGAGGACGUCGCCCUUGUGGUGGAGGCACAGACCGAGCACCAGAGCGGGGAGAAGCCCUUCCUGACUUUUGAGGUGGUGUCCCUAGUGCCCUAUGACCGCAACCUAAUCGACAUCAGCCUCUUGUCUCCAGAGCAGAUCCGUUACCUGAACACCUACUACGAGAGCAUCCGGGCGCGUGUGGGGCAGGAGCUGCAGCGGCAGCAGUUGCAGGAGGAGUAUGACUGGUUGCACAGGAGUACCGAGCCCUUCCCGCUGGGCAGAGCCACUGCCACCACUGCCACCAGCUCCAUGGGCGUGCUGGCCCUCCCCAUGCUCCUGUCUGCUCUGCUCCCAGGGCUGCAGAGCUGAGGUCGCUCUGACGGCUCUGCACCAGCCCCCUCCUGCAGCAGCUCACUUCCCUUUCUCCUGUUGUUUUCUCUUGUGCAGUGGUGAUUAAACACGAGUGAUGUCAGUGGGUGCCUG